CCGCCGGAGGAGGAAGAGGAGGAGGAGGAGGAGGAGGAGGAAGAGCCGGAGGAGCCCGCGGAGGAGGACCUCAGCCGGACCCUGUGGGUGGAGCGCUUCGAGGAGCUGCUGCAGGAGCCCCAGCCCCCGCGAGGCGGGGAGGAAGCCGGACGGAGCUACAGCGAGGAGGAUUUCGAAUACCACCGCCAGUCCUCCCACCACAUCCACCACCCGCUCUCCGCCCACCUGCCCUCUGACGGACGGAGGAGAAAAGGAUCGAAGAACGAGAAGAAGAAGAAAAAGAAGAAGAGGAAGAAGGAGGAAGAGGAAGAGGAGGAGAAGAAGAAGACCCCCUCGGCGCCUGGCAAGACCCCCACCAUCGAAGAAGAGGCGGAAGGGGGCCCGGACGAGGAAGGCGAGGAUGACACCGGUGACACCGAAACCGACCCGACCCCGGACGAGCUCCUCGCCAACAGUUCUCCGGAAGGGGUGCAGUUCUUCCUACAGGAGGAUGACGCCGCCGAACGGCAGAGCCCGCUCGCCGCGGAGCCGGACCGACUCCCGCCUCUAUCCUCGCGACCGACCGGGAGUCCCCCGAUGGACGGAGCCGCGAAAACGAGCAGCUCCGAGUUCGACGAGGCCGGCCCGUUCGAGGGCGCCUCCCCCAACGAGCGCCCGCUCUCCAAAGCGCCGCCGGCCCACCGCAGCUACAACCUGAACGAACGCCGGCGCAUCGGCAGCAUGACGGGGAUGGAGCAGGCCCGCUACCAGAAGGUGCCGACAGACGAAUCGGAGGCCCUGACCUUGGCGUCGGCUGACCUGGAUUACAUGAAGAGUGAGGAGCGGGAAGGGCGGAGAAAGGGGGGGAGGGGGGAAGCGUUUUGGAGAAGCACCGGACAAGGUCCAACGCCGCGUGGAGGGGGUUGUCGCAGAGGGGAUUUGGACGGCGGAGAUUUUACGGAGGGGAUUUUACGGAGAGGAUUUCGACGGCAGGGAUUUUACGGAGAGGAUUUCGACGCCGAGGAUUUCGAUAGCAGGGAUUUUACGGAGGGGAUUUCGACGGCGGGCAUUUUACGGAGAGGAUUUUGA